CGCGCUGAUGGGAGUAACGCAGAAAGAGGGAGAGUUAUUGAUGAGAUUCGCGCGUGCGACCGGUCCGUACGCGAUCAUUACGUUUACGAUUAUUGCGCGGCAGACGGUUUGAUCGGUUCAAAGGUUGCAUCCCGGACGAAUUGAUCCGAGCCAAGAGAGAUAGGUAACGGGACCACACACGGUAGGCGAUCCUUAGUUGCCCGUGUCCUCGGACUGAGCAGCAGAUAAAGGAUUCAUAAUUAAAAGCAAAAUGUCUCUGUGGGCAAAAGCACAGCAGUUACCACAAGAUGCAUUGCAAGAAGUACGUUCAGUUUAUGGGGAGCACUUUCCAAUAGAGGUCCGUCACUUCUUAUCUUCUUGGAUAGAAGAAAAGAUGUGGACCGACAUAGAGCCUGAUAAUCCUCAAUAUGAACAAUACAUAGCUAAUCUUGUCAGAGCUCUGAUACAAGAAUUAGAAACGAAAGUAGCCUCUUUAAAUUCAGACGACAUGUUUCUUACAAAAUUAAAGUUAAUGGAGGCUGCUAAAAAUUUUCGUCAUAGAUACACAAACAAUCCAGGAGCAUUGUUUAGAAUAAUCAGACAUUGCCUAGGGACGGAAAUGAAGUUAGUGGCUCAGGUAGAGAAUUUAGGAGGCGCUUUAAUGAAUAUGGCAGGCGGGAAAGUAGGACUGAUAAGUGACGCUGUCGCUGAAAUAGCUCAACACGUUGAAUCCUUGCGGCGUAGGACGCAGGAGACUGGAGAAGAUUUAAGGAAAAUGGAACAGGAGCAAGAAGCGUUCGCUAUAAGUUAUCACGAGUGUACUAAGUUGAAUGCUCACCUUCAGCAUCUCGCGACACAGCCGCAGAAUCAGCAGAAUUUAGACUUGGAAAAGAAAAUAAGAAGGCAGAAAGAACAACAGGAACAGUUACUGAAUCACAAAGUAGCGGGUUUGAUGCAAUUACGAUUGACGUUAGCCGACAAACUGAAAGAUACUAUUACCAGAUUAAAUAGUCUGCAAUCGAGGGUUUUGGACGACGAGCUUAUUAGGUGGAAAAGAGAUCAGCAGUUGGCGGGGAACGGUGCACCGUUUAACAGUAAUCUGGAUUCCAUUCAAGAAUGGUGCGAGAACUUGGCUGAAUUGAUUUGGCUGAACCGGCAGCAAAUCAAGGAGGCGGAGCGCUUGAAACAGAAGUUUGCUCUCGAUCCGCCUGGAAUGCAGGAUAUUCUUCCUACCUUAAAUUCUCAAAUUACACAGCUCCUUAGCUCGCUGGUCACGAGUACGUUUAUCAUCGAGAAGCAACCGCCACAGGUGAUGAAGACCAAUACUCGUUUUACGAGUACGGUGCGUUUGCUCGUCGGUGGAAAAUUGAACGUUCACAUGACUCCGCCUCAAGUAAAAGUGAGCAUUAUCAGUGAGGCGCAGGCAAAUGCUUUAUUGAAAAGUGAUAAAAUGGCGAAGAACGGAGAAGCGAGCGGUGAAAUCUUAAAUAAUACAGGAACGAUGGAAUAUCAUCAGGCAACGAGACAACUCUCUGUCAGCUUUCGCAAUAUGCAGUUGAAGAAGAUCAAGAGGGCGGAGAAGAAGGGAACGGAAUCAGUGAUGGAUGAAAAGUUCUCGCUUCUCUUUCAAUCGCAAUUCAGCGUCGGUGGCGGCGAAUUAGUCUUUCAAGUUUGGACAUUAAGUUUACCGGUCGUAGUGAUCGUGCACGGGAACCAGGAGCCACACGCGUGGGCCACAGUUACGUGGGAUAACGCGUUUGCCGAACCGGGCAGAGUACCGUUCGCAGUACCUGAUAAAGUUCCAUGGGGCCAAGUGGCCGAAGCGUUGAACGUUAAAUUUCGAUCGGCGACGGGUCGUUCGUUGACAGAGGAUAAUCUGAGAUUCCUCGCGGAAAAGGCAUUCCGCGGUGGAAACGCGACCGGACAAGAUUACUCCAACUUACUUUUGAGUUGGGCACAGUUCUGCAAGGAGCCGUUACCCGAAAGGAAUUUCACGUUCUGGGAAUGGUUUUACGCUGUAAUGAAACUGACUAGAGAGCAUCUGAGAGGUCCGUGGAUCGAUGGUUACAUACUUGGAUUCGUGAGAAAGAAACAGGCGGAGGAGAUGUUAGCCAACUGUGCAUCGGGAACGUUCCUCAUGCGAUUUUCGGACUCCGAGCUCGGCGGUGUUACCAUCGCCUGGGUCGGAGAUCAGACCGAAGUCUUCAUGCUUCAACCGUUCACGAGCAAAGAUUUCGCGAUUCGUAGCUUAGCCGAUCGCGUGUCCGACUUGCAACACUUGCUUUAUCUUUAUCCAGAUUUAUCAAAGGAUCAAGCGUUCUCCAAGUAUUACACACCGUUCACAGAAAAUCAGUCCACGUCGACGAAUGGAUACGUAAAACCGCUGUUGGUAACGCACGUACCUGGCUGGGGUGGACCGGGAGUCGGUGGCCAAACACCGUCCCAUUCUUCCGUGGUCGGUGUAGGAAGUAGCGGACAAAGUGGUCCCGGUGGUAGUUACCCAGCGACACCGUCCACUAUGUUUCAAGCGCACAGUCCCGAUCCGUCUGUAACACGCGACACGCCGUCAGUGGCUUCCAGCUAUGCUCCGGGCCUUGGCCAGUCGAGCGUCGGGCGAACAAAUGCGGACAUGGACUAUGUGGAGCUGAUGAGUCACGGUGAGCUGCCUUCGAUCGACGAAAAUCUCAACUUGGACCCGUUUAGCUUCUCCGAGUUCAUACAAUCGUACAACACUAAGCCGCAAUAGGUAGGUCAGGCGCGAUAAUAUCUGUGCAGUGGUGCCUGUGUAGCGGGUCUCGACUUCAACGGGAGAAACAGAUAUCCGACCGUCUCGACGAGCACUUUCAUUCCAAUUAGAAUGAGAAAUAUUGAAUGAAACAAAGAUAUAAAAAUGAAUGCAAUAAGUGUAUCUUAAGCGGGCAUCACUGUAACGUAUACCUGUCGAUUAAUCGCCUUCGUUUCUCACUUUAAUCAGAUCUUUUUAAUCAAGUAAUCACGCGACGGAUGUGUUCCGUCCUUAUUGUUGUUUCAUAGGGGAGGGAUAUGAAUGGUCUCGUUGUCUUCAAUUUAAUGUCUAGCUCGCCUAAUCGAUUAGGUUUUACCAUUACUUCUGAAGAACACGACAUGUCAUUUUUUUUAAGCUAGUGCGAUAAAUCAAAAUCCAGAACAAACGCGCUGCGCGCUUUAUCUGAUUCCACCUUGGGACUAGUUAUUCGUUCAGUUUUGUUACGAAUGACCAAUUUCUUACAUAUAAUUUACAAUCAGCGAUGUUGGGCUUGGUUGAAUUGUAAGCAAGCUGGUUUUUUGUAUAGAAUCUAUCGAACCGUUUUUGUAAUUUUAUAAUCUGUUGACAAGGUUACACAUCGCAACUUGCCUGAUUUUAUCCGUGUUUCGUCUCGUCGAUGAUAAAACUUUACGAGACGUCGAAUCACUUUUUACGUGUUUACGCCUGAGCCUAAGCCUUCUCUAAAAGGAUGCAUUACAUUACUUGGUACAAAACGUAGAGGAUAUCGUGCAAAAUAUUGUAAGAUUAUAAUAAGCAUGUAUCGAGGCAUACGCAAUAUGAAAAGUACAUACGCACGUAGUAUGUAAUGCUGUAGGUGCAUCCGAGCUUUGUGCUAUAUGAAACAACGAGAAAUAUCUUAUACUGGUAUAGCGUGAAACGGAUUUUGUUGCCUCUCUUCUUACGUACGUUUCGACGACGUGCCGUAAUGUACGGUCUACCAAAGCUUCUCCAUUGUUUUUAAUGGCAAGAAAAAGAGAGCGCGCGAGGUAAGAGCAGCGAACAGAUUUAAAUAGAAUUGCUGCGUAUGUGAUACGUGGAGAACGCGUAAAUGAAGACAAUCAUUGUUGCGUACAGUAAUGUAAAUAGCGAGAUCGCAGACGACAAAGCUUUUAAUUAAUUUAUCGGUGAGAAUCUUGCCGAAAUUAUGAGAGAGAGCGGGGUUUGUGCAACGGAGACAGAAAGUGAGAAUGUGUACAAUGUUGUGACGUAAUUCACGUGACCUAAAAGUACGUGCCUUACGAUUUUCAAAUUUGCCCGAGUUCUAUUUUUUGAGAAUCGUUUAGACGUCGAGACAUACGGCGGCUUAUAGUUCAAAUCUUUGAUCUGUCGAAGAUCCUUAAUAAAUUCGUAAAUCAAACUCUUUUGUUUGCGCAACAUUUUUCCUUUUUUUCUUUUUUAUGAAUAGCAUAUUUUUCGAUUACUGAAACUAAUCAGUCGGUAGAAUUUAAGAACACUGUAGAGGAUUCUUAAGCGAACGUUCAUCAAUCAAUUCCUUUCUCUAAUCAUCGUUCCCUCCCCUGUAGUUUGUACACUAUAUUAAAAACAAUCAGUUGUUGCGCGUAAUUUGAAACAUUUCUGUACGCUAAGCUUUAUCUUGGGUAGCAUCGAACGUGUCGUUAUCCUAAUUAUAUUUACUAUACAUACAUAUAAAUAUAUUGUACGAGUGUACGGAUGAAAGUGAGCCUCUACCGCGUGCAUGUAAAGAUUUAACGAACGUACGUUAAUAUUGUCUAUUAAUCUUUUAUCAAAGAUUAGAGUUUAUUUUACUAUGGAGAACAAUUUUACUGUUUGUAAAGCAUAUACGUUAUUAUUACUUUUAUUCAUCCAUAUAAUGAUGAGAUAUAUAUAUAUAGAUAUCUAUAUAUAUAUAUAUAUAAGUGUAAAAUAAGAUGUGUUCGUACCGAAUCGACGUAUCGAAUAAAAUAGCCUUUAAUUCGA